GAAUUGUCAAAAACGUCAGUUGGAUAACACAGCCGAGCUCCUCACAUUAUCUCUCUUCUAUUCCGACCGUUGGCGAAUAAACACCUAAAUCCAAUCUCCACGACUCAUUAUUGGCGCAGCCGGUAGUUGUCGUUGAAACAAAAGGAAAGAUAACAGUGCUACGGUUGGCUGACAGCGGCUGUCAACAGGGGGAACGGGAAAAAAGUGCGCCACGGGAGCAGCGUGGGGAGAAGCGUACAAACGGAAAAGAUACAGAAGUACAAAUAUACGAGUGAAUUACAACAAAUUGGCGACGAGGAAGUACGAAAACCACGUUAUUAUACCUAAGCAAACUAAGCUUGUGUUGUUUUCAUGGAUCCGGCGUCAAAGAAGACCGAAAUUCCUGCUGCUUCUGUCACCACACGGGCUGCUGCUAAAUCUGCCAGUACCGGAACACCUACGGCCGAUUCUUCUUCAAACCUUCCUACUGGCGUCCUUGCUACGGACAAUUCUGCUACUGCUAAGCCUAUUUCUUCGAACACUUCUACUAGAGGCCCUGUUACGGCCCAUUCUGCUGCGGUAAAACCAAAGGCAUCCAGUUCUACUACAUCCAGCACAUCGGUGCCCGGCUCAAGUGUGGGUGAAGGUACCGCUCUGUCUGUUUCGGUCCGGGGGAUAACUACUGCUGUUACGAAUAUGUCUACAAUGUUCUCAUUUGAGCCGUUUGAUCCAACAAACUGCAAAUUUCAGAGAUGGUUGGAAAGGUUGCAAAUUGCCUUCAAAAUCCAUCGAGUUUCCGAAGAAGACAAACGUGAUUACCUUCUCCAUUAUAUGGGUGGUGCUACUUAUGACGUGUUGUGCAACAAGUUAAAGAAUGCAGAACCGCAAACUAAAACGUUCCAGGAAAUUGUUUCCAUUCUUCAAGAGCAUUUCAACCCAAAUCCUUUAGAAAUUUUGGAAAAUUUCAAGUUUGCAAAUCGGAAGCAAGCUGAAAACGAAACACUGUCUACGUAUCUAAUGGAAUUGGAGAAGCUAGCACAAACAUGCAAUUUUGGGGAUUACCUCGACAAAGCCUUGAGAAACCAAUUUGUAUUCGGACUCCAAAACCGUGCGAUCCAAUCGCGGUUGCUCGAGGUGCGCGACUUAACAUUAGCUAAAGCGAAGGACAUAGCUUUUAGUAUGGAAAUGUCAAAUCGAGGCGCAGACGAAAUACACGGCGCCGGUGCAGCGUAUCCAGUUCAGCACAUCAGCACCACGAGCAAGAAGAAGAGCAAGCCAACAACGGUUCAAAGGAAAACAGCUUGCUAUCGGUGUGGAAACGAAGAGCAUUUUGCGGAUAAGUGUCGACACCGGAAUGCAAUUUGCAACUACUGCAAGAAAAUGGGACACUUGGAUAAAGUGUGUCGUACAAAACUACAACGAGCAGGAGUACACACACUGGAGUACGAGCCUGAUCUUCCUGCCUGUGACGAUGACGUUGUGGAUGUGCUCAACCUGAGAGCAGUGCAAAAUCUGGCGGGUAAGUUUUUGCUGGAAAUGGAAAUCUCUGAUAGAAAACUUAUUUUCGAGGUGGACACGGGUUCUCCAGUAUCACUAAUAAGUAACAGGGAUAGAUUAAAUUGUUUUCCUAACACAUUGAUGAAGAAAAGCAAUGUAAAAUUGAAAAGUUACUGCAACGGUGUUAUCAACGUUCUUGGAGAGAUCGAAGUGAGAGCAAACAUUAAAAAUUUAGAAAUUCCUUUGCCAUUGCUUGUCACAAAAUCCGACAGAAAUCCUUUGCUUGGACGUAACUGGAUGAGAGCUAUAAAGUUAGAUUUGAAUAAAUUUAUGCAUACCAGUCAAGAAGUUUCAUAUUGUGAAAAGGAAAAUUUCACUCCAUGCUCAAUACUAGAAGCUCUACUAAAAAAAUAUUCGGAAGUAUUUGAGGCAGGAAUAGGCAAAAUUGAAGGGUUACAAGCUUCAUUAACUCUUCGCAAAGAAACAAAACCUAUUUUUAUCAAAGCGCGGCCUUUCGCAUUUGCUGUCCAAGAUGCUGUAACCAAUGAAAUCAAUAAGUUAGUUGAGGAAAACGUUCUAGAGAAAGUGGAUCAUUCUGAAUGGGCUACACCUAUUGUGCCAGUAAAAAAAUCAGGGGGUAAUGUAAGAUUAUGUGGUGACUAUAAAAUCACGGUUAAUCCAAACCUAUUAGUAGACGAGCACCCACUACCGACAGUUGAGGAAUUGUUCACAAAUAUUGCAGGCGGGGAAAAAUUUUCUAAAUUAGACCUUUCCCAAGCCUAUCUGCAAUUGGAGGUAAGCCCCGAUUGUCGGGAUAUUUUAACAUUAGCAACCCACAAAGGAUUGUACCGCCCUACCAGACUAAUGUACGGGGUGGCAUCGGCACCAGCAAUAUUUCAGAGGUUAAUCGAACAGAUUCUACAGGACAUUCCAGGAGUAACUGCUUUUAUUGAUGAUAUUAGAAUUACAGGGCCAAACGAUGAAAUCCAUUUAAAAAGAUUAGAAGAAGUACUAAAAAGAUUACGAAAGUACAAUCUAAAAGUAAACAAAGCUAAAUGCGAGUUUUUCGCAGAUCAAAUAGAAUAUUGUGGAUACCUAGUUGAUAAACAUGGCAUACACAAACUACAUACAAAAAUUAAGGCCAUACAGGACAUGCCGGCUCUGAAAUCCGUAGAUGAAUUAAGAUCUUUUCUAGGUUUGGUAAAUUAUUACGGACGGUUCUUCCCAAAUUUAAGUACUGUAAACUAUCCUUUAAACAAUCUUCUAAAAGAUGGAAUACCAUACGUUUGGGACGAGCAUUGCCAAAAGGCAUUCGCUCAGGUAAAAAGGGAAAUGCAAACGGAGAGAGUACUGGUACACUAUGAUCCUAACCUUCCUCUCAUAUUAGCUACAGAUGCCUCACCCUACGGGGUAGGUGCCGUCCUUAGCCAUAAAUUUGCCGAUGGAACCGAAAGGCCAUUACAAUACGCAUCGCAAACUUUAAACAAAACUCAACAGCGAUAUUCUCAGAUCGACAAAGAAGCCUACGCAAUCAUUUUCGGAGUGCAUAAAUUUCACCAAUAUUUAUAUGGACGGAAAUUUACUCUGGUAACGGACAACAAACCCUUAUCACAGAUAUUUUCAGAAUCCAAAGGAUUACCAACGAUGUCGGCAAUGCGAAUGCAGCACUAUGCAGCUUUUUUACAAGGGUUUGAUUAUAACAUUCGUCACCGGAAAUCUGUAAACCACUGUAACGCCGAUGCAUUGUCAAGGUUGCCUUUACCGUCAGAGGAUUCUGAUAGAAGAAUAGAGGAUUCCGAUUUAGUUGAGAUCAACGUAAUCGAAACAUUGCCUUUAACAGUUCCUGAAUUGGCAAAAGCCACAGCUGUAGACCCAAAUGUUGAAGAACUACUGCGUGCCCUCAGAACGGGUAAAAUAAUUUUACCGAAACACUGUUUUGGUAUUGAUCAAAAUGAAUUCGAUUUACAAAGUGAUUGUAUUAUGCGGGGGAGUAGAGUUUACAUUCCGCCUUCAUUAAGAGAAAAGGUAUUACAGGAGCUUCACUCUUCUCAUUUUGGGAUCUCUAGAAUCAAAUCUUUGGCAAGAAGUUAUUGUUGGUGGCCCAACAUAGACAAAGAAAUUGAAAAUAUUGUAAAUAACUGCCAACCCUGUCAAGAGACAAGAGCAAACCCACCAAAAGUACCGAUACAUUGCUGGGAGAAAGCAGAAGGGCCUUUUCAGAGGGUGCAUGUGGAUUAUGCUGGUCCUUUCAUGGGAAGCUACUUUUUUAUUUUAGUGGAUGCUUUCUCUAAAUGGCCUGAGGUCCGUGUCGUCAACAACAUGACUACCGAAACCACAAUAAAUGCCUGCAGGGAAAUAUUCAGUACAUUCGGAAUUCCUAUGGUUUUGGUUAGCGACAAUGGCACUCAAUUUUCGUCAACGGAAUUUACCAGGUUUUUAAAGCUAAACGGGGUGAUUCAUAAAUUUAGUGCACCUUACCAUCCAGCGACAAAUGGACAGGCCGAGCGUUUUAUUCAAACACUAAAAUCAAAGCUGAAGGCAGUAAAGUGUAAUCGUACAGAAAUUCCAGAAGUGUUGAGCAAUAUUCUAUUGUCUUACAGAAAAAUAAUUCAUCCUAGCACUGGUUUUUCGCCCUCUUUGUUAGUAUUUGGAAGGCAAAUACGCAGCCGUAUUGACAUAAUGAUUCCAACUUCAAACUCGAACAAUAGAGAAAUCAUAAAAACUAAAGAUUUUGAAAUAGGACAAAGAGUAGCUGCAAGGGAGUACAUUAAAAAUAACAAAUGGGAAUUCGGAAAAGUAACAGCAAGAUUAGGUAAACUGCAUUAUGAAAUAGAGUUAGAUGAUGGACGAACUUGGAGACGUCACAUCGAUCAAAUGCGCGCUGUGGGUAUUAGUAUGCAAAAACCAAUAAAUAGGAACACUUCUUGGCAAGGCAGAGAGACUACUUCGCAUAAUUUGGAAUCAGAAACUAAUACCAUCCCGAAAAAUAGCAGUACACCAGAACUAAUGACAGAUUGUGGAUCUAGGUCAAUAGUACAAGCGCAACCAUCCAACCCUCCACCAAUGAGUUUUCCAUCAGAGGCUCCAUGUUCAGCGGAAAUACCACCGGAAGCAAAACUGCGGCGAUCAGCAAGGAGUAUCAAAACACCACAAAGGCUACUACUGUAAAUAACUAUUUCGGAGGGAAGAGCUGUCAUAACCAUCGAAAUGUCAACAUCACCAAAUGGACCAACCUGGUAGCGGUUGGCUGACAGCGGCUGUCAACAGGGGGAACGGGAAAAAAGUGCGCCACGGGAGCAGCGUGGGGAGAAGCGUACAAACGGAAAAGAUACAGAAGUACAAAUAUACGAGUGAAUUACAACAGCUUUAUUUUUAUUUAAAUUUUAAUUUAAACUUAUACAAAUU